AUGCGUCGAACACUGCCGCCUCCGCCGUUCGAGGUGGUAGAGCUCGACUACGGCAGCGCUGACGCGCCUUUCACAAGCGUUGCACAGCAAGCCGAUGCAGAUGAAGUCCAACCACCCACUAAACAGGUAAAUGCACCAUCAGCUGUUCACGAUCGUCGGCUUCUGACCUAUAGUACCGAUGAAUUCGGCCAGGCGGACCCACCAGAAAGCACCUCCGUCUCCAAGAGCAAUACAUUGAAUCUUUCUCAAGCCCCGAUUUUCAGCAGCUCCUCACUGGCCCGUCAGCAGGUCGAAACCUCUUCAUUUCCGGAAGGUUCCUAUAGUGGGGUCAUGGUAGAUCAAUGGCAAAGUGAAGCCGCCUCUGCGGAUCACGAAGAAGGUGAACUGCGUCUUGCUCCACCGCCUCCAGCCUAUCCUCCACCAGCUCUCCCGCUCGAUCCUGACCAGCAGCUUCACUCCACAACGUAUGCUUACGAUCCGCGCGCGCCCGAGUUUCAUCCAAAUCUGCACAGAUAUGCACCGCCAAGGUACCCUGAAUCAGAGUUUCACUAUGCACCCUCUGCUUCCGCAUCACAAAGCUAUCAUUCAGAAAACGACUACUAUCGUCAUUCGGCCGAGUAUGGUCUUGCUUACUCUGGAUAUGAUCUCUCCUAUCGAGGUCCGUACAGCGGUCCUUUGCACGACUAUCCUUAUCCACCGUACCCGCCCAGCCCAGCCUCCUAUCCGGGAUACUAUCAACACGACACCAAUGGUCCUUACCCGACCGCCUACAAUACUUCCAUGAAUGAUGCUCACCAAAAGCACCUACUCAAGCAGCAGAGGAAGCGAGAGAAGAAGCAAAGAAAGCGCGACAAGAAGCAAGCUGUUAACGCCGCGGUCACUUCUGUGUCUGCCCCGUACGAGCCCGCAUCAUCAGGAGGUAUGGGUGGUUUGAUGCAGCGUGGGGACUCUGCUUGGGUCGAAGAUGGAAAAGCACAGGCCGUGGCGAUGCUCAAAGAAUUACAUGCACGCGGUGUGCCUCCACAACGUCUUAUCGAGAAAGGCAUCCCUCUGCACAUGAUCGAGGCUUGCUGCGUCGAAGCAGGCAUCUCUCAGCAAGAUUUGACUGUUGAUGAGGCAGGAGACUCAACAACGCAGGCUGACAAGGCGCCAACCGCAUUGAACAGCGUGGGUCAGAUUGGCCAAGUCCCAACCACGCCAGCAGAGGAUGAGUUGCUUGCCAAGGAAGAGCGAGGCGUUGCCUUGACGCCAUUAGAGGAGCUGAGGAGAAAGGUGCUAGCAUCGCGCUUGUCGAAGGCUGCCGUGGCAUCGACAGCACCGAAUCCCACGGACAAGACCGUCAGCGACACGGCAGCUGUAACAACGGUGUUUGAUCGCACUGCUACAUCGGGCGAGGCAGAAGCUCUUCUCUCGCAGAUUGGCGAAUCAAUACGGAGCCUCAUCCGACCUUCCCUUGAGACCGCGGCCGCUGCACGAGGCGCACCGUCCGCCGCGAGUGUAUCUAUGCAGCCAGCUGUUCCCUCAUCAUCUACAAGAAAGCGACGGUAUCGCGAUGUCGACGCGGUGGACAAUGGAGAUGUCUCGGUCACCGCCGAUCUUGCUGAAGGCGCUAACCUGGCCGAGACAGCUCCAAGCCGUCGGCAGAGAAUCUCGUAUGCGGAUGCUUUCAGUCGCAAGGCUGAGAUGCCCUCCGGGGAAGUUAACCUUGAUGCGCCAGUACCGGACCUUCCAGACUUGUCAGUCUCGCGGGCGAAUUCCCUGAACGUAACCGAUGCAGCCCUACAGCGCCGCAGACCGGUCGCAGCCGAUUUCGAUGUGGGAGAGUAUCAUCCACCACCUGUACGUCCGAGUAGGUUCUUAGACGUACCCUCCGGCCUCAACACGGUCGUAGAUCUGUCGGACGACGAGCUGGGUGAAGAUGAGAUCGUCGCAGCCGAGGGAACAAAGGGCUGGCAGUCUCUACAAGCUGGUGUUAACAUGCGCGACGUUUUGCUGCUACGCCAGAGGACUGCCGAGGAACACUACGACACCUUCUGCACGCUGAAUGGUCUGAGACCAGUCGCAAGGUCCCUGACGCCACUGCAAGAAGGCACGACAAAGACGAUCGAUACCGCAGACGUCUCGACGCCUGGUAGUAGUGUCUCCAAGGAGAGCCUGCUGGCUCAGGUAGCAGCUGCAGAUGCCUCAUCCUUAGGCACUUCGACGCCGUCUCGCGACGAUCUCCUGCGCAAGGAGCUGGAGAUCAAGCAGUUGAUGCGAAAGAUUCAAUUGAUGGAAGAGCGUAAGUCGAAACAGCAGAAUGCAACGCCAUCGCCUUCGGUGUCCCCGGUCCCAUCGCGCUUCCUCACGACUGCAGUCAGCUCUCAGUCUCACAUGGCGGCCUUCAGUUCAUGUGCGGUGCCGGACGCGUUUGGCAAGAAUUCAGCGGCAUCCGCUCAAGACGCGAGAGCAUCGACCAUGGCAAAGCCGCCGCCUGAAAACGGCACGCAAACAAAGGCACACAAUGCUCAGAAUGGCAGCAGCAGUGGUGUCAGGCUUGACCCGGCGUUGCAAAAGCAGAGGGAGACUCUUCUCGCGCUGCUGGCCAGCAAGCGCAAAAGUACAAUGGCAGGGCCGAUAGAGUCGAUCGAAUCCGAUCCAUCCGACAGCAUCGGGGGAGUCGAAAGUGAGGAUGACAGAGAAAUAGCGGCAGAGCCAAAACAGUCGAGCACCACAUCAUAUGAUGGCAUCUUGACAGAGGGAACCACGACAGGGCAGAUGGAAGAAGCGAAGGAGGUCUCACCCGAAUCAUCGGUAGGAUCGCGCUAUCGACCGCUGGUGCCGAGCCUGUUCCAAAGCAUAGCGUCAAGGGUGCGAUCUUAUCUCCCACCGUCGCUUGGAUUUGCGUUGGCAUCCAAAGUUUCGAGCGAGGGCGAAAGGACAUCGGUCAAAUGGUGUCCUCGCGAAGCGGAUGGUGGCGAGUGUAGCGAUGCAGCUUGCUCGCAACGACACGUACGAGAGUUCGACCAAUGA